GGACAAAAGGCCACAUUAACUCAGAUCCAGCCCGCAGAGGGAUUACAAGAGACAGUCAUUCACUUCGCGCCGAACUCAUCCAUCGUAAGAACACCAAUCAAUGAUGAAAAUAGAGAGAAUCUGAAUCUGAAACAAUGUCAUAUAAAGGUGUGGGCUGUGUGAAUCAACUUGGAGGUGUCUUUGUGAAUGGUCGCCCCUUGCCCACCUGUAAGCGGAAGAAGAUCAUAGAGAUGGCAGUUGGUGGCAUCAGGGCAUGUGACAUCUCCAGGAUUUUACAGGUCUCCAAUGGCUGUGUCAGUAAGAUUCUGGGCCGAUACUACCAAACAGGCUCUGUUGGUCCAAAAGCAAUUGGUGGGAGUAAACCACGACUGUCAACCCCAGAGGUGGUGGCUAAGAUUGCUCAUCUUAAAUGGAAUAAUCCAUCAAUGUUUGCCAGGGAAAUCCGUGGGAAGUUAUUGUCAGAAGGAAUCUGCACCAAGGACACAAUUCCUAGUGUUUCUUCUAUUAAUCGAGUCUUGCGGAACCUGCAGCCUGACGUACAAAUCUCUACAUCUGAGGUCACAACAAGGAACCAAUGGACAAGAGAUUUUGGAGAGCAAGAAACAGGUGAAAUUUUGAACAUCUUGUCAUCUGAUUUUGUUGAGGAUGUUCAGCCAAGCUGUCAGCAAAGGAACCGAACCAUUUUCACACAAGGGCAGGCUGAGGAGUUGGAGAAAGAAUUCAGAAGAACGCAAUACCCAGAUGUGUUUGUACGAGAAAAAUUAGCUUCAAAAACAUCUCUUCCAGAGGCUAGAAUCCGGGUCUGGUUUUCUAAUCGACGAGCAAAGUGGAGACGUGAAGAGAAGGUGAAAAAUGGAGUUGGUUUUUUAAAUGGUACCACAUGUGGUCUGAUGUUGAACCAACUACAAGCCUCACCUUGUGGUUUUCCAACUUUCCACCCAUCACCAAUGACUGACAGUCUAUCUCUGCAGCCUCACCAACCUCAAAGUGUACAUCCAAACCAUGCUUUUUUGAUUCCUGAGACACUGAAGUCACAUAGAUUUGAUCUGUACCGCAUGGCAGAAUCACAAUUGUGCAUGAACACCACUACAGAGCCUUGGAAGAUGCAUGGCUUUGAUCUGUACAGAACACUGGACUCACCUCCAUGCCGGGGCCCUGGCCCAGCGUAUACCUCAGAUGUCGCUAAUGGACAGAUUCACACUGGGAUUCCACUUGCUGUUCCUGUUCCAGAUCGUACAUCAUUGACGAUUUCUUCUGGCACAGCAAUGUCACUUCCAGUCCAUGGUGCAGAAUAUUCUUCACUUCCGCUUCCUGCCAGAGAGUGCAUGACAUUUCCUGUUUCUAUGGGGGCUCACCAGUCCCAUUCUGUUUCAGACAAUGCCCCAGUACCAUUUUCAGUUUCCAGUGCUGGAUAUUUGAUGGAUAACCCACAACAGUAUUUUAAUGCACCGAACUGUAAUUCUUUGUUGUAG